AUGGGCGACGAGAAUUUGGAUAAUUUCGAGGAGCUCGCAUACGACGAUGAUAACAUCGAAAUUUACGAUUCUCGAUGUGAAAGUGAACGUAAGUUGUUUUGAUUGUUUUCUUGAGGUUUAGGAAAGCCCAUGAAGCUUCUUGUAGCUGGAUGAAACAGCUUAUUCGACGACGGGAAUUGAAAUUCCAAAAAGGGGUUGAUGUCAUGGAUAAUAUCGAAAAUUUUCGUGUUGCUCGUUUUUCUUGAGGCGAAAGUUUUUCUAAUUAGUUUGCUUGGGACAUGAACAAGGUUUGGAAGCGGUUUUAUUGGUGCUUCGAAGGCUGCGGUCUUCAUUUUUGGACGAUUCUUUGGUACUGUCUUUUAUGAACUGGUGAAAAGGAAAUUUUCAAAACAUGGGUAGAACUGGUGUCUAAAAAAAAUAUUCUUGCGGUUUGAGUGAUAGUAAAUGCGACUGGUUAGCUAGUUUUAGAAGAUUUUACCGCUUUCCUUUUGGGUUUCCAUUGGAUUUUACUAAAUUAUGUUUUCCAUGGUGUUUGAUCUAAACUUUCUGAAGAAAAUCAGUCUCAUUUCUUACACACCUGAGGUAAAAUAUGACUAUCUUCUUCCAUGGAGUAUAUAAAAUAUGGGGAGCUUUAAUUAAAGAUUUGUAAUGAGCUUGGUGUCUCUGUUAUGCCUUAUUUAUGUUAUCCAUGACAUCAAAACUUUUUUUUAUUUAUCCAGGCCAUAUUCCUCAAGUUGAUGGCUAAAAGUAAAUUUGUUUCAGUCGGAUCCGACGGUGAAAGUGAGCGUUUCGAAUCGGAGAAGCAGAAAGUCCCAUCCAAAAUCGCUAGAGCUCGUCGCGUUCCGAUGACUCCGAUUCAAGAGAAAGAGGAACGAAGCGUGAUCAGAAGUCCAUUGAAACAGAUCCAAUCCACUCCCAAAUCCAUAAACAUAUCGAAAACUCGACGUAAUUUGACUGGAGAAUUUGGUAAACUUAAUGAAAAUGAGAAAGAGUUCAAAAAUCGCAGAGACGACAGGGGAAAUCAACAAAUUUCGGAAAUUUCCUCUCAAAUUGACCGAGAACUCAAUGAGAAUACCGAUAUUGUGCCUGGGAAUGAUGAAAGGCUUUAUUAUGAAGCGGAUCAAGCGCAAAUUGCCACGGCUAGACAAGGGGUUCAGACCAUGGAUGAGGAAAUUCGCAAGUAUCAGGACCGGUUUGGAAAUUUGAUCUCUGAGGUAAGACAAAGACUUUUGAUGGUAAAAUUUAUACCUCAAAACUUGCUAGAGGGCUUUUGGAAGAAAAUAUAAGCAAUUGAUUUUAAUUUUUUUUUGAGAAUGGACUAGAAAUUAUAUUAUCCAUGCCAUAAAUUUUUCAUAUUUUCAGACUCAAGACGAUGCCCCAUCGAAAGCCGUUCGUUUUGAUGUUCCAAGAACAGAAAGUACGGACUCUCUGAUCACCAGUCAGAAGGAAGAUGAGCGUGAUAUGAAUCCGCCGUCAGUCAUUGAAAAACCCAAGGAGAACAUCGCGGAACCGUUGCCAAACUUUCGAAAGCCAUCUGGAAUACUCAAAAGUAUCAGUGAAAUUGUGCCAAGCACCUCUGGAAUGACUUCGAUUAUUGUGAGUUUUUGAAUUGAGGAUUUUUGUGGUUUUUAGAGUUGGCAGCUCGCGCCCGACGUUUGUCAGGAUUUCGGUAUCUAGAAGGAAGUAAUGGGCAUAAAUGGGUGGAAGAGGAUGAGUUUACUGUAAAAACACGUUUUGGUAGACUUUUGAUGCGUUUGAGAUUGGCAGCUCGCGCCCAGGCAAAAUUUAAAAUUGAGGUUAUAGGUGAAAUUAAUGUGCUGCUUGGUGUGUGGGGGUGUAUAAUGUAAUAGAAUAAAGAUAUAUUGAUUUGAUUUUUUUAGAAAUUUAGGUUAUCGAAAAUCGAUUUUUUUGUUUCAGCACACCCCGGAAUGGCAACGCCGCCAAAAAAUCCUAGACGAACGUUAUCAACGAAUGUGCCAGCAACAAAUCCAACCCCUCUCCCUGACUCACCGACCCUCUCCCCGCACCAGUUUACCGGCCGAAACCACCACUCCAAAACGGCCGAUUGGCCUGCGAACUCUGAACCCAAUUGUGGACCUCCGAAAGGAAUUAGGCCAACAAAAAGAGCUCAAAGAUGGAUCAAUCGAGCAGAAAUUGGACAACGAACACAAGAAUGGAUUGGGCCAUGAGAAUAACCAGCCUAACCGCCAAUCCAGCUUCCGGAAUUACAGCAAUCCGCAGAAGAAUUUGACGAAUUCGCGGGGAAAUCGCCUGACCGCCGAGAAUUUGGCCAAACAUCAGGCUAGUUUUCAACAGCAGAGCCAGUCCAGCGAUUCCAGUCGCGCCGAGAAAGACUCCGCCCACUUUGGAAGAGACUCCGCCCGCUUUGGAAGAGACUCCGCCCUCUCGACCAGAGACUCCGCCUACUUUUUCACGGAAGAUUUGUUGAAGCCCCGGCGGAAAUUCACGGAAAAAACGGACCAAACUCAGACGGAAAGAACAUCCCGAAGCCCCAUCUCACAGUCCGACACAAUGAGAACUGCUAUCUCGAGAGCGGCUGACUCCAGUUUCCCGUCGAGAGCACCGUCAGCCAUGAGUCAGAUGAAUCAAACAAUCACGAUGUAAGAAUGAACAGGUUGUUGGUGAUUAUAAGGAAAGAUUUGAGAAGAAUAGAGAAGAUGUUUACACGUGGAGGAGAGUAGAAAAAAAAUUUUGGAUCUUUAGCGAUGAUUUGAGCAUGAAGUCAGGGCGCAGCUUGCGGACACAAAAAAGUUUUUUAAAUUGAAUUAAGACUGAGGAUUUGUGGAGAUUAGAGACUGACUUGACAUGUGGAUUAGAUUAGAAUCAAAUUUUUAAACCUUAGCGAUGAUUUGAGCAUGAAGCCAGGGCGCAGCUUGCCAGAUUUGAGAAGGCCUGGCGUUGAAUUGGAAAUAGAAUGGUAGGUUGGGGAAUGGUAUGAGGAAGAUCAGUCGAGGAAAUUCUAUGAAUUUAAGUUAGAGUGCAGCUCGGUAAAAGCAAUUUUUGGAUAACAUGGGGCGCAGCUUGCAAAAGUCAAAAGUGUUGGAUAUUGCAGUAAAAAUUAUAUAGAUAGACUGCUGAGGCAUAAAAAAUUCAAGUGUGUUGAUUUUUUAGCUUGAAAUAUAGGGCGCAGCUCGGAAUUAUGGUUUUUUUUCCGAAAACCUGGGCGCAGCUUGAAAGUUGAAUUUUGAAGAUUUGCGUAAAAUUUUUUGACGUCAUAUUUUCAGGUGCGAGCUCAGCGCGAGCUCUGGACAAUUGGCGUUUGGAUUUGUCGACGUUAAAGUUGACAAAAUCCUCCCGUUAACCCUUACUAACAAUGGAAAUGAAAGUGCAAAUUUCACAUUGCGAAUCAAAUACCCGAGUGAUUACAAGGGUGGACAGGUGUUUAAUGUAAGUUGAGAUAAUGAUGGAUAUUAUUUUUGGUUGAAAUUUUAGAUUUAAAAAAAAAUUUUUUACAAAAAAUUUCGGAUUUUUUGGAAUUUUUCGAAUUUUUGCGUUUUUUAGAUAGUGCACGUCACCUCCACCACCCUGCGAGGCCAUGGUGGACAGGCCACGUUCUCGGUGGGCUUCCACCCCCUGGCGCAGGCCAGCUACACGGCCGAGUUGAUCGUGAAACGCACGAAUUGCGGAGAAUCCGAGUUCCGAUUUCCAAUCUUUGGCUACGGCGGCAGAUGCCAUGUGGAGGCGUAUGCGGCGCUCGGAGAACGUCUGAUGGCUGGAUUGGAAGGUUUAAGGGUUGUGAAUGUGGACUCGAGACAAAGCACCUAUCAUUUCAGCUUGAGAAAUGAUGGGGUUCGGUGAGUGGAAAAAUCGAAAAAAGUUGGGGAAAAAAUGGUGGAAAUUGUGGGAAAUGGAAAGUUUAGGAGUUGUGAAAGUCGAUAGGAGUUGUUGGGGUAUUUGAAAAUAGUUUUUGUGGAGUGAAAAUACAAAAUUUAAAAAAAAAUGGUCAAAGGUGGCAUAAGAUAAGGUAAAAAUCGAAAAUUUUAGAUAAAAAAGGUGGUCAAGUUGAUGAUAAUUUGAUUACUUAGAUUACAUAUUUGGUGUAGAGGCUGAUAAAAGUGGUAUUGAAAGUUAGAAGACAUUCGUUUCAAGUGAAAAUUUGAAAACUUUGCAAAAAAUGACCGAAAACGGCUAAAAUUGGGCAAAAAUGAUAAAAGCCGUUACGUAAGGGCGGAAUGAGGUACUGUAUUGUGUUUAGAGACUGGUAAAGUUUAUUAAAUUGUAUUAUUUUGGUGUUUUUCAACAAAAAAAAUUUUGGUUUUUGACGAAAAAUUAGUAAAAUAGGUAAAAAAAGUUGGAAAAAAGUGAUGAGAUUUGCUGAUUUGGAUGUUAAGAUGAAUUUAAAAUGGUGUGAGAAUAAUUGUGGAGUCAUGUUUCAUCGUAUUUUAGGUCGGCAUUCUGCGCAAUCUUCGCCCUGAACGAAAAUAACGAGAUUUUAAACGACGGCCCGGUGAAAGUAACCCCCCAAAGAACCAUCAUCCAGAAGUCACAGAUGCUUGUGAGUGAUCCCAUUUUUGUUUUUGAUUCCGAUUUUAGAAUUGCAAAGUGGAGCUGGCGACGGAUAGCCUCAGGCGAUCCCACUCGGCGCAGUCUUUGUCCAGCACAAAGACGGUCAAUGAUGGGAUCCUGAAAUUGCUGGUGUAUUAUGGAGAGGAGAGGCAGAGAUUGAGGUUCAAACAGUACGUUUGGAGGUGUUGCUGGAGAUUUUUUGGGAAAAAAUUUCUGGAUUUUUUCGAAAAAAAUAAAAAUUUCGAACAAAAAAGCGAAAUUUUAUAGAAAAAAAGUAUUGUGACUUCUUGAAAAAAUCUUAUUCUUUAUUUUUGGGCAAAUUUUUACAAUUUUUGACAAGGAAAUUACUUCUAUGGGGGUAUGGAGUUACAGGUCGAGAUAUAUGUCAAAAAAAUCGCAAAAUUUUUCUGAUUCCGGAAUAUGUAAAAAUUAGCUGCACAAUUUUGGUUUGUAAUGGUUAAAGAAUCUUCAGAACUUUUCUCGAAACACCACGCAAAUGCCUUUUUGACCAAGUUUUUACCAAUUCAAAAAUUUGUUUUGAGCUAAAAUAAACCCUGGCAUCUUCACAAGCUUUACAGUAUCAAAUUUGGUUCAUACUACACCUUAAUUAGUAGUUCCAAUAUAAAAAAGUAAAGCUUGUCAAGAUGCCAGGGUUUACUUUAGCUCAAAACAAAGCUUUGAAUUGGUAAAAACUUGGUCAAAAAGGCAUUUGCGUGGUGUUUCGAGAAAAGUUCUGAAGAUUCUUUAACCAUUACAAACCAAAAUUGUGCAGCUAAUUUUUACAUAUUCCGGAAUCAGAAAAAUUUUGCGAUUUUUUUGACAUAUAUCUCGACCUGUAACUCCAUACCCCCAUAGAAGUAAUUUCCUUGUCAAAAAUUGUAAAAAUUUGCCCAAAAAUAAAGAAUAAGAUUUUCAAGAAGGCACAAUACUUUUUUUUCUAUAAAAUUUCGCUUUUUUGUUCGAAAAAUUUUUACUUUAAAAAAAAUUUGCUAAAAAAUCCAAAACUUUUUUCUCCCAAAAAAUCUCAAAUUUUGCCUUCAGAUACCUCGCCCAGCACAGGAAACGCUACAUUUGUUACAAAGUGGACUUUGCCGUCCAAUUCGAGGGAGAAUCCGCCAGACCGAUGAAAAUGGUCUAUCGAGCAGAUGUCGAGGCCUUCAAGGAUUGCAUAAGGACCCUACGAAUCGAAUUCAACGACCCAAGAAGAGUGACUCAGCGCCCAGUGAGCAGAGCCGGCACUUCCAUGUCAAUGUGCUCGACGAUAGCGGACGAAACGCUCCUCCAACGCACCUAUGCCCUCCCAGUACAGGGCUCGCCUUUUCGAACCCCCAGGGCACAACCGGAAAGAGAUUCGAUUCUUGCGGAUAACACAGUAAUUCCCACGGUUCAACGCGCCAUCAGGUGA